UUUAGGAUGCGCAACUAAAACCUACGCUGCUCGAGUACUAAAAUUCCAUGGUAAGUUUGACUUUAUGUAGCUAUGUAGGGUAAGCUUUAAUUCCCUGGCAAGCUUGACUUUACACAUUCUGUUAUAGUCUUUGAAAGAUUAUUGAAAGUAUGUUAUGUAUUCUUAUGUUAAUAUUAACGCGAUGAAAUCUAUAGAUAUAUACAAUUAUUUGUUUGAUAAGACGGAAAAUAAUUCAACUACAGCUGUAUAUUAUGUUAUUCUAUAUAGCUGGUCAUGGCAAUGGCGUCAGCCUGUCGUUUUACUACCGGUUUAUUUAUUUAAAUUUGGCGCGCAUUCCACGCACAGGAUGUGUUAUAUAUAGAAGCUUGCAUAAUGAUCAUAAAUUUGCCAUGUUUAGAAACUUUGUUUUCUACCGAUCUAGAAGAUGAUUAUAAUUGCCUUUGUGAGGUGAUGAAAAAUUAUCUAAGCACUGGCACAACACAGACACCUUCAAGAGGAAGGGGGCAAAGAAAUGGCAAGAGGAGUGAUCGCUUAGAUUAUGGAGAUGAUAAACAACCAUUAGAAGCACCUGCAAAGAAGCAAAAAACUGCCAAAAAGAAGGUGACAAAUUCCAUUAUGUCACAUGAACAUAUUGCCAUGUUGAAGGAAAAAGUGAGGGGAAAGCAGCCUAAUGUUUUUUUUGAGGGCAAUUCUCCACAAUCUUCUGAUGAUGAAUCUGGGUCAGAGGUAGAUAACAUGAGAAGAGUAAUUGAUGCGAAAGACAGGGAAAUCGAGUCAUUGAAAAGACAAAUUGCUGAUAUGAAGGAUAUGCAAAAUUUACAAGAUGUUGUUACCCAACUAAAGCAUUCAGUGGGAAUAUUGGAUCAGUUAGCUUCAGUUGGAUUCAAAUGCAAACAGCAGGGGAUUGGUGCCCCUGACACAAUUAAAGAUGUUUCAAAACGUCCAUCUUCACCAACUGUUACCAUUGCUAACAAAGCUUCCAGUUCAGACAGUGAAUCUGACAGUAUCCUGCUUUGUCCGGGUGUAGAAAUAAGCAAAGGGCAAAAGAGAGUCUUAUCAAGUAAACUAUCUGCCAAAGAUUUUGUUUAUUCAGCACUUCCAAUAAUUUGGUCAAGGGAGGUGCUGUGCACACAUUCUGUGACUGGCCGGAAGUGCAAUGCACAUAAAGAAAGAGAAGCAAAGCCCCAACUUGAUGCUGAGAAAGUGGAUAGUCUUUGCAGUUAUGUGGAACAGAAAUUUGGGGUCACUCAAAAAGAAGUGAGGAACCUGAUGACAACGAAGAUAAACAAUAUUAUCAAGUGCUGCAAACAGCAAAAAAUUGUUGAACAAAAAAAUGAUUAAGUAUCAUAUAUGAAACGUUUAUUUAUACGACCCAUAUAUAGGUAAUAUAUUAUAUGUACCAGUAUUUAUUUAAAUCCUAUUGCUUUAUUUUAAAUUAUCUGUUGAUUUAAAUUAGCCCCUAUUUACACUAUACCGGAUUCGCCUCGCAUCACGAGAUUUUCGUUUGCCGUUAAAGAAGCAAUUAAUGACUAUAGUAGCAAAUGCAUAUGUAAGCUUGACAGAUUUGCCAUAAUUUUUUCAGUCUUUGACAUUAAAAAUCCUGACAGUCCAUCAAUAUCUAGAUGUAACCCACUCCUAUAACAUUCCAGUAUAGUGUAAACGAGGCCUUAUUAGGCUUAUAUAUGUAAUGUACACCCAUGUCAGUAUUGUAGAAAAAAGGACAGGCCCAACAUUAAAUUAUUGUUAACAUUAGAA